GGCGGGAUUGCGGGGAGAAAAUGUCAGUUAUGACGUGCCGGAGGGAGAUUUAGAUACUUGGGCACGCGACUUGGAAUUGCCGGCUUGCUCACGAGUAACAAGGUCCUUCUCAAAGCAAUGUAUAAUAACGGAUCGGUUUAUCCAGCCAAGGUCUAUGCACUCCUCUACCAAACCGCUUGUUCCCUCUCUGAUGACCCCGCCAUCUACAAACUGCGAAAAAGGGAUUGUUGCCCCACCAUGCAUUGGCCCCCGAUCUCGCAGCAAGAUAGACGGGCCAAUCAGAUUGCUGCGUUGGGUCAAGGUAAAGAGGAGGGCACGUGCACAGUAUUCAUUCCUAGAACAACGACAUAGAAAUGCAGAUUCAUCUCAUCGCCACUUACUGCCCAUCUACAGGAUAAACACUCCUGAUACCACCUCCACCGGUGUAUACAGAACGCCACUCCUGCAGCCCUACCCACCAUUCGACAAACAGUGUUGCACUGCUUUUCUGUUUCUCAAAGAUUUAAAUACCGUAGUUAUUUUACUCUUUACUAUCGGCUUCUUCUUCACCUUGUGCGACCCAACGUCAGAAAUUCCACCCUUCGUCAUUCAAAAGUUGGAGCCACACUCAUUCUCUUAGCCGCAUAACUGAUAACCCUCCUUGAUUUCUAUUUUUCUUUUCCGUUCGAUAUAAAGAAUACAAUGUAGACCUAGCACGGCAGAGAGAUUGCUAUCGGCAAUGUAUGCCGCAAUCUCAACUCGCGUAACGAUACCUAUAUCCACGUAGGCAGCAUAACGAUAGAAUGCCUCCCUUCCCAGCAGGAACAAUGUGAACUCUCCGACUAAUCACGUCCCGUCAUUAUCUCCUCCCGGGUUCGUCGCCAUAACCGCCAAUC